GGGCAGAUAGAUGCCAAUAAUAUAGUACUAUGUGAUGGAGAGCUUUGCCGCCGUCAUUGAUGAUAAGGACCGUGAAAUGCAGCAGAAGCUGGAACAACCGGAGUCGCCUGCCGUGGUGGAGGUGGAGGUGGCUAUGAGCCAAAUCCAAAUCCCGAUCCCGUCACCGUUGGCUGCCAUAACGUCGUGGGGUAAAGAUCGCUUUACUUCGUCGGUAUCCCUACCCCUGGGGACUGUGGAUGCACCUGUCGGUGAUCGGAACAGGCCAGCUGUUACCUUGGACGACCGGGCAGAUCAAGAUGCAACGACUCAGAGGUCCAAUUGCAGACUCCGCACACCAGAUUUCCUGGAUUUUGAGCCUCAGCUCGUGGUGCCGCCAACACUGUCUCCGGGCGUCGUCAGUGCCCCAUCAUGCGCAUGCGGAGGGUGUUCUCUCCCUACCAGAACUCCAGGUAGCAAGGUCGGUGAUUGCAAUGUCAACUCCACUUACACCAUUCUCUGUGCCAAUGAAGCUGCUAACGCUGCGUAUAACAAGAGCAGCAGUUGCUUGGCCACCAAUAGCUCAGUUUCAUGCGCUUGGAAGCACACGAAAAAGACCCUACAUCCACCUAAUCAUACUACUCCCACCGCAGGUAUAACGACUGUUACUCCUUCCCUCCCUCCUCCUCUUCCUCCCACCAGUAUCCAUCCGAAUCAUCAAUCCUCCGUCGGUCUCAUUCGGCACCUUAGCUUGGAGCUUCAUGGCACUGAUGAUGAUAGUAGCGAUGGCAGCAGGCAUCAUGCAAGCUCUUUCAGUCAUCAUCAUCAUCAUCAUCAUCAUCAUCAUCAUCGUCAUCGUCAGCAGCAGCAGCAGCAGCAUCCCGUUGCCAGGGUGCUUGAGCUCGAUCCUCAGCUCUGCAUCAGCCUAUUUUGUCAGCAUAAGCACGAGGAUCCGGGCCAAGUGCAUCUCCCAAGUCGGCAUAAUUGCACUACCCAUCGUCAGGAUGAGCCGCUCAAGAGUGCUGGUCUGCGCAGCUGCGAUGACUGCAAUGCAGCGGCGGCGGUGGAUCUUCUCAAAGCGAGAGUCGCUUCUCUGGCUGAUCAGCUGUGCCGAAAGGAGAUUGAGGCGGAGGAGCUUCGAGGGCGUGGUGUAAAUGUUGCCUCUGUGGGGACAAAAGACAGCGAGGAGAAACUGCUUGCAUCGGAAUGGGCUGUGGAGAGAUUGGAAGGGGAGUUGGAGAGAGCGAAGGAGAUGAUGUGUGUGAGAGAGCGAAAUGAACUGGAGCUGGGUGCCAAAAUAGAAUCGCUUGAAAAGGGCAUAAAGGGGAGAGAGAAGGAGCUUCAGGAAAUGGAAGAAGACAUGGAGCGAGCUUGCGAAGAGCUGAAAGGCGAACGAGCGAAGCUGGAAAAGCUGUCGCUGCUCCUUACAACUCUUGAGCGUGACAUCAAGGAACGCACAGAAAGAGAGGAGAAGCACGUGAAGGAGAAGUCGGAGCUGCAGGCAGGUAUAGACCAGAAAACAGCAGAGGUGGCGCGACUGAAGAGGGAUGUGGAGUGCUAUGCGGACAGUGAGAAAAGCAUGCGGACACUUGUGGAUGGUUUGAAGAUGAAGUUGAAGGAGUUUAUGCUGGAGAGGGAUGAGCAAGGGCAGGAGAAGAAAGCUGCGGAGCAUGUGAAGAAAGCUAACGAGAGAGUUGCUCGGCUGGAAGAGAAGGUAUUGGCUCUGGAACAGAUUUUGGAUCGACUGAGGCACAAGGAAGAGAGCUCACACAAGGAACUCAGCAGGCUGAGAGAGGAGCUGGGUAAAAGAGAUGCUGAGCUGAGGCGCCUGCGGGAGCAGAGCGCAGUGUGUGCUGAAAGAGAGAGGAUUCAAGCGGAGAUGAUCGACGACCAACGGGGCCGCAUGCGAGCACAGGAAAGUCGGCUUGACGUGGAAAGGAGGGAGAAAGGCCAACUCGCGAAGAAACUGCAAGAGGCUCACGGUCGCCAGUCAGAUCUCGAGGACGAGCUUAUGGCUGCCAGACAGCUGCAGGAAGUUACUCGGAAGACGGUGGAAGCCCAGGCAAGAGAAGAGGUUGCCAGGCUGACAGGGCUAGUGGAGGAUAGGGAGAGCAGAAUUGCAGAGCUGCAGGAGGAGGUGGGGAGAUGCUGCGGGCUGCUGGAAGAGGAGAAGAGGAGAAACGAAAGACUGACCGAUGUGCUGGGAGUGCUCGAGAGCCAAGUGGCAAUUGUCAAAGGGAGAGAGGAGACGCACAUGGCAGCACUUGAAAGGCUUGUUAAGGAUGUGCAAGAGAAGAAUCGGAUGCUGAUGCGACAUGCAGAAGAGUCCGCAAGGGAGAUGCGGGAGCAGAGGGAGGUGUAUACGCAGCUAGAGAGGGAGAUGCAGCGGAGCCGGGAGAGGGCUAGGAACGUGGAGGAGAGUUUGAUCAGGGUGCACAGACAAGGCGAGGCGAAGGACAGAGAAAUGGCGAGGCAGAAGGUGGAGAUUGCUGAACUCAAUCACGAGCUUGCGGACGUCAGAGACAAACUUGACAGGAGAGAAGAGGACGUCAAGCGACUCCGUGACAAGAUUGAGGCAAUCUCCGAGAUACCAGGAUGUCUGAGAAAGACCCAGGCAAUGGUGGAACGGAUUGACAGAGAGAUGAAGGUGGCAGAGGAGAGAUGGAGGUGUGCUGUGCACAGGGGGGACAAUCUGUCCAUGCAGCUACAGGCCAUGGAAUGGGCACUGGAGGCCAAGGGCGAGGAAUUACUGGUGAAGCAGGACGAGUUGAGCGAGAAGGAGACGCAGAUGGAGGAGCUCAUGCAUCUGGUUGGAAAGGAUAGUACUGACAAAUGGGUCGGCGAGGUCAAGGGCCAGAAGAAGGAAGAACAGGAAGAGAUUGAUCCCUUGAGGAGGAUCGAGGUGAAGAUGGAUGAGGAUGGGCUAGGUCUUCUUAGGGGCUCGGAAAUUGGAGUCAGUGCAACCCCACUAGUAGCCAUGGACAGGUCUCCGAUGACACAAGAGGGCGUGGAGAGAAUGACCAACGAGCUUCAUAUAGUGAUGGGAAGGCUACGGGAAGUGCACGGCUUGCUUGCUCAGUCAGGGUACCUAUCACUCGAGGAUGGCUACACUAGCAUAGGUGACUUCUCUGAUCUCCCUCUGAGAAUAGUAGCAGCUGAUGGCGAUGACGAUGACGACGAUGAAAGCAACACCGAUUCCGGAAGUGAGUGAAAGGAGGAGUGGUCGUGGAAGAAGCCGCCAUAACAACAGUAAAAAGGGCAAUCACGA